AUGAAGGGAUUGCUGUUGCUGGGUGAUUGCCCGUUUCUAGACUCGCUACGCAGCCCGCUCGUGAGUCCAGACUCAAAUGCCAUCAGUCUAUGCUUUUUCCAAGCGUGUUCGCUAAUUGCGUCUGCUGUGUUUGCCAUUUUCGCUAUUUACCAAUUCGCGUCGCUGGUGUUUUCAAACCACUACGGGCCGUUCAAAAUCAAGUAUGCGUUUGGCAGUCCCUUCAAGUUGCAGAGCGUGGGCAUUUUGCAAAUCAUCAAGUUGUACUUGAUCACGAUACACAUGUUGCUUGUGGUGCUAUCGAUUGGGGAGCGCGCCACCAAUGCCGAUUUCGCCUUGCUUGUGUUGGUCGUCUUGCCGUUUCAGGUUGUCGAACCCACGCGUCUGGUUGUGUGCUCAGCGUCGACUUCGCUUUACUGGCUCUACAAGAGCGUGUUCACGGGGGUGAUCAUGUGGCAGAAAGAGAUGUAUAGUAAUGCCAUGACUUUGACGGUAGAAGUAUGCCUCUUUGUGAGUUCCUUGCUUAUUUUCACCCUUGAGUCGUGGUUCUAUCGACCUUCGCGGGAGUUGAAGCAGCACUACGACUUGAACGGCUGGCAUGUGGCAACCGUGCAUAAUUUUUGGUCGGAGUUGACAUUUUUCUGGCUCGAUGCCACCAUUUCGAAAAUCUACGAGACGCAAAGGAUUGACGUGGACGAAACUCCGCCGUUGCAUGUUGACCAGCAGUGUCAGUACACGUUUGGCGAGUUGAAGCAGAGAUGGACCGAGGCGGCGGAAACCAACAGUAACAAGAAAAAGACCAGUUUGUUGGGGAUAUAUUUGCUGAUUCACCGGCGACAAUUUGUCGCCAUGUUGAUUUUGGACUUGUUGGCGGUGGUUUGCAACUUGACUCAGGCGUUCUUGCUACAACAGUUGCUUCUAUACACGGGCGAGCUGAAUACCAGACCCGUGGUUGUUGGGUUCUCAAUCGCCACAGGCAUCUUUGCUUGUGCCGUGGGGAAAUUCACAUCACUUAAUCGGUUUGCAGCCUUGCAUUUCAAGAUCCGCACCCAGACUUAUUCCUCCUUGGGCACAUUUGUCUAUCAAAAAGCGCUUCUGCUUUCUUCUGAAUCUCGCAAGUUCAAGAACACCGGGGAGAUCAUCAACAAUUUGGCCGUUGAUGUCAACAAGAUUGCCCUUGUGGCCCAAUAUUCGUUUGCGUUGAAUUUCCCCAUCCGCAUCACGAUUGCGUUGGUGGCGAUAUACCGGCUCUUGGGGGUGGCAGCGUUCUUUGGGUUCCUAACUGCGUUGGUGAUGGUUCCCUUGACUAGCACAGUGAGCGCAUCGAUCUCGUCGCUUAUCAAGCGCAACAUGAAGAUUCGAGACGAGCGGUUGAAAUUGACGUCGGAGAUUUUGCAGUCGAUCAAGAGCAUCAAAUUGUACGCUUGGGAACAGCCGAUGCUUGCGAGGUUGUUCAAGAUUCGCAACGAGAGCGAGCUCUCCAUGGCGAGAAAAGUCGGCAUCUACAAUGCCAUCUCGAUGUUCUUGUGGAACACCAUCCCUUUCGCCAUCAGCGUUACCUGUUUGAUUGCGUUUGUCAAGCUUACCCAUUUAGUAUUGGUGCCCGCGGUGAUCUUCCCGGCAUUGUCUUUGUUUGAUCUACUUACUGAUCCAAUCAGUCAAUUGCCCGAUGCCAUUGUCGCCAUCCUCGAGGCACGCGUUUCGUUCAACAGGUUGUAUGAGUUUUUCAACUUGCCCGAUUGCGACUCGCGUGUGGUUAAAACCAAAAAUGUGAAAGGCAAGGACGAGAUUAGUGUUUCCACCAGUGAUGCUACUUUCAACUGGAGCAAAGACGCCGUGGCGUUGCAAAAUAUAAAUUUCACCGCUAGGCAAGGCCAGCUCACGUGCAUUGUGGGUAAAGUCGGCUCUGGCAAAUCAGCACUUCUCAAGGCCCUCUUGGGAGAUUUGCAGCAGACUUCAGGGGUGGUGAAUGUCAAUGGCACCGUUGCUUAUUGCGCGCAGCAGCCAUGGAUCCAGAAUGCCACCGUCAAGGCCAACAUCUUGUUCGGAUGCAAGCUCGAUGAAACCUACUACAACAAAGUGGUCAAGGCGUGUCAGUUGAUUUCCGAUCUCAACAUCUUGCCCGAUGGCGACCAAACGGUGGUGGGCGAAAAGGGCAUUUCGCUAAGUGGCGGGCAAAAGGCGCGGAUUUCGUUGGCGCGAGCCGUGUAUGCUCGAGCCGAUGUGAUUCUAUUGGACGAUGUGCUUUCUGCUGUCGAUGCUCAUGUGGGCAAAAGCAUCAUUAAUGAGGUGUUGUCGUCUGCGACGGGAUUGUUAGCUGACAAGACUGUGAUUUUAGCUACCAAUGCCAUCAAUGUGUUGCAGUUUUCGCAGGAGGUUUACUUGAUUAAAAAUGGCACCAUUGCUGAGCGUGGAAGCUGGGACCAGAUCAAGCAUGAUAAUUCUGAAUUGGCCAAGCUCAUCAACGAGCACAGUCGCAAAGUCGAAGAACACGCCGAAGAAGAAGAAGAAGAAGUUAAGGUAGCCGAGAUAGUUGCUCCUCCAUUGAACGCAGUCAAAGCUCCUGCCGAGCUCAGAACCGUCCAGGAACAGGAAAAAGGAGCCAAGGGGACCGUGAAAUUUGACGUUUAUUACCAAUAUUUCAAAGCUUGCAACUUCCCCAUGAUCUUGCUCUACAUUUUGAUCUAUGGCGGCAACGUGUUUUGCACCAUUGCUGCCAACUACAUCUUGAAGAACUGGUCGGAACACAACUUGGAACACGAUGGCAACUCGCAAGUUGUCUACUACUUGUCACUUUACGCCGCGGUGGGGAUCUCGGGUGCCGCGUGCACGCUCUUUGCGGCGUUGAUCAUGUGGUGCUAUUGCAUCUUGCGUGGUUCAAAGCAUUUCCACGAUGAAAUGGCCAAGGCCGUGUUGCGUUCACCAAUGCAAUUUUUCGAAACUACGCCACUUGGCAGGAUUUUGAACCGGUUUGCUGACGACAUGAACGUUAUAGACCAGCAGUUGAUUUGGUCGAUCUUGGCUGUGAUUGAUUUCGGGUUGUUAACUGUUGGGUUGUUGGGGGAAGUGGUUUACAAUUUACCAAUGAUGGGCAUCGUGGUGGUGAUUUUGGUGCUCGUAUUCAACCGGAUCCGCGUCUAUUUCAUUGCGUCGGCUAGGGAGUUGAAGAGAUUGUUGUCUGCGUGUAGGUCGCCUUUGUUUUCGCAUCUACUGGAGUCCAUCAAUGGUGUUGAUACCAUCAAGGCCUUUGACCAGGAAGAUAAGUUCAAACAGGAUAAUAACAGAAUCACAAAUACGUUCAUCAGGGUCCAGUAUACGACCUUGUGCGCCAGCCGGUGGUUGUCGAUGCGGUUGCAGACUAUAUCGGCUGUGAUUGUUUACAGCUCGGCGUUGUUCAUCUUGUCUACUGUUGGCACGAAGCAUCAGAUCAGCGCCGGUAUGGCUGGGUUCAUUUUGAUCAACGCCUUGAGCAUCACGGGCGGUUUGAACAUGAUUGUGCGUGGGUGGGCCGAUAUCGAAGCCCGAAGCGUUUCCUUAGAGAGGGUCAUCGAGUAUGCCAAUUUGAAGCCGGAGGCAGCGGAGAUUGUUGUCGACAACAGGCCUCCGCCACACUGGCCCAGUCACGGGGCCAUCAAGUUUGAAAACUACUACACCAAGUACCGGGACAACUUUGACUAUGUGUUGAAAAACAUCAAUUUGGACAUCAAACCAGGGGAGAAAAUCGGGGUUGUUGGUAGAACCGGAGCUGGCAAGUCGACGUUGACGAUGGCCUUGUUUCGAAUCAUCGAGGCAACUAGCGGUGGCGUUGCAAUCGACGGCAUCCAGACCAACGCCAUUGGUCUUUUUGACUUGCGGAGCCACUUGAAUAUCAUCCCUCAGGAUUCCAACACCGUGGAGGGUACCGUGCGUGAGAACUUGGAUCCGCUCGGCAAGCAUGACGACGCAAGGUUAUGGCAAGUUUUGCAGUUGGCGCAUUUAAAAGCCCACGUUGAGCAGUUGACCACCACGAGUUUCUCUCCCGAUGGCAGCGAGUGCCAAUGUCACGGGUUGGACGCGAUGGUUUUCGAAGGCGGGUCCAAUUUGUCCGCGGGCCAACGCCAGCUCUUAUCGCUUGCUCGGGCCUUGUUGAACGAGUCCACCACGUUGGUUUUGGACGAGGCGACGGCUAGCAUCGACGUUGAGACGGACCGAGUCGUUCAAAAUACCAUCCGGAGCGAGUUUAAGGACAAGACUAUUGUGACUAUUGCGCAUCGAUUGGAGACUAUCAUGGAUAGUGACCGCGUGGUGGUUUUGGAAAAGGGCGAGGUCCGAGAGUUUGAUACGCCAGCGCAGUUGUUGAAGGAUACGAACUCGAUGUUUUACUCCUUGUGUGCCAAAGGCGGAGUCUUGAAGAAUUGA